GCUGUGAGGGUGAUAACAUACAAACAGUUCACCUCCUCCUGACGGCUGGAGCCCAGGUUAGCUUAGUGGACUCCAUGGGGCAUAAUGCUCUACACUACAGCAAAGCCAAAGGGAAAAGUCAUGUACGGAGGAUUCUCCAAAGUGUCAAUCAGCCAGAUGAACAGGAUGACCUGAGUAAUUGCAUAGCCUAUGGUGAAGGAAACCUUAAUCUUCCAGAAAUUAAGGACAGAAACAGUACCCCAAGGAAGAGAAAAGCUCCACCACCUCCUAAUAAAGCAAAACCGUGCAUGUAUCCAGAGAUGGCCCAAGAUAACAAAGAAAAGAAGCGUGAAAAGGAUUGCAGCCAGACUAAACCACAAAGGAAGAAGAAGAACAGUCCUGCCCUUCAAGAACAGACCAUUCAUAUUCCUCAGGAACAGAAAACUCCCAUUGCCCAUGGAAACUGCAUCUCUAAAACACAGGAGCCAGUUGACCCUGACUCCCAGGAGCAGAUCAAUCCUGAACUAGAAAAACAAGUUACGUUAGACUUAGAGGAAAGCAUAAGCCAAAAAACUCUGGUGGCAUUUAUUCCUGAUCUACAGGAAGAAGACAUGUCUCACCGAAUGGAGCCAUUUGUCUCUAAUCCUGAAGAGAAGAACACACCUGAUUCACAAGAACAGAAUGAUUCUACUAUGUAUAAUCCAUGUAUUCCUAGCUUUCAAGAACACAAUGUAAUAGACAUAUCCAACACGGAACAGGGCCAUCAGCAGCUGCUGCUUCUACAGGAUGUGAUGCAGCAAGCAGCCGAUAAUGCUGAAAUGGAAUAUGACCUUGAUAUAUUGGAGCCCCCAGCCGACAGUUCUGGAGCAGAGCGGAAAUUUGAUGUAAUGCUGCCAGCAAGUGAUUAUUCUGGAACAGAGCAUGAGUUGUUUAUACAGAGUACAAAUCAUAUCACAGGUGUCACAGAAAAAGAACUGGAAGAGCUGCAGAAAGAAGUGCAAUUUUUAAAAGAAGAGAACAAAGAGCUGCAAGAAAGGAUAAAGAUUCUUGAGGACUAUGAACGAGAUGGUGGUGACAUGGACAGCUCUGCAGACUUUGUUCCAGUUGUCUUAUUUGACUCACUGCAGCGUGAAUAUGACAGAGUGCAAGAACAGCUUAGGGAAGCACAUAAUUCUUUGCAAUCUCUGCAAAACUCAACAGAGUCUUUUACAUAUCCCUCAUGUAAACUGGCCCCAACAGAAACUGUUGAACAGCUGGAUGAGGUGCAAACCAACUACACUCCUACUCUCCUGGAGACCAACUAUACACAGAAGUUUCAGCACAAUGAGAGUCAGAAAAAUGAGGAUAAAGAGAUGUCAGAAAACAUUAUAAGCCUGCAAGAGAGUACGAAGCAAUGGGAGGAAGCAGAGAAAGAGUUAAGAAGGUUGAGAGAGAAUGAAGAAAAAUACAAAGUGAUUGAAGAAGAGUGGAAAGAGAUGCAAGUUAUCAAACAGCAAAAUACAGAAAUGGAGGAAGAAUUGAAGAGACUAAAAAAAAAUGAGAAAAAGUAUAUGGAAAUGAUAGAAGCUCUGGAAAAAUCUAAAGGAGGUGAGAAACUGGGCAUAUGUAUAGAGGAGUUGGGAAACAUGCAAGAAAAGGAGGAAAUAGGCAUAGAAAAACAAGAUAAAGCAAGUGUGCUGCAGAAAAAUGAUGGGCAAAGCACGGUUAAACUAAAGGGUGAAAUUAAAGCAAUACAAGAACAAAUGCAUAUUGUUACCUUCAACAUGCAAAAUGCUGGGCAAAACAUGUCAGAUGGAUGGGUACAAGUGAGAGAGAAAGACAUUGAACAGUUAAAAACAGUAACAGAUAAGUAUCAAGUACUGAUAAAGGAAAUCAUGGAUCAGUUGCAACUGAUUCAAAGGGAAAGUGAUGAGGCCCAGAAGCAGCUGAGGGAAGCACAUGCAAGUCUGCUGUCCAAAGAUAAGCAUAUCAAAGAGUUGCAGGAUAAUCAAAAAGAAGCAGAGGCUGCCAUAAAUAGUGAAGCAAUCUUAAAAUCACAAUUAGAAACAGAUUAUAAGAGAGCAGAAGCAGAGCUGGUUAAACUGAGAGAUUAUCAGAAUGAGGUACAGGAUCUAUACAAACUGAUAGAUAACCUAAGAAAGGAAGCACAGGAUCUAAAGGAUCAGCUAGAAUGUGCACAGCUCAGUGAUAAAUGCCUUACAAGUCAACAGUAUGAUCAAAGAUGCCUUAACCAAGUUGAAGAACAACUUGCGCAGACACAAGAACGACUCAUGAAGGCUCUUCAGGAACUGCAAAUCAUGCAGCAGAACACAGUAACCAUCCAGGAACACCAUCAGAUGCAGGAAUCUCUGAGUUGUGAAGUGCAAGAUCUGAAGAUAAAAGUAAGGCAGCUGGAUCAGAAGUUAAAGAGUCGGGAGAAAGAAAUAGAGUUAUUGCAGCGAGAGCUUGAUGCUGUACAGAUAAAAGAUCAGACAAAUGAAGCUCUAAAGAAUGAAGUGAAUUCUCUGACAAAGAAGUUGAGUGAGCUAAGCAAACAACAUGAGAGAACAAGCACAGAAGUAUUUCAAGUGCAAAGAGAAGCUCUUUUCAUGAAAAGUGAGAAACAGGCAGCAGAGGAGCAACUAGAGAAAGUGCAAUGUGAAAAGGAAAGAAUUCAAGGACAACUUUUACAGCUACAAAAGGAGAAAUGUCACAAUGUAGAACAAUCAGUGGAGACGGACAAGAAGAUUUCAGAGUUGUCCCAAGAGAUUAUCUCCCUAAAGGAAGCACUACAAAGAAACACAUUGAAAGCAACAGAAAAAAUAAUUGAUGACAAUCAAAAAGAAGGCCAGCAACAACAAAAACUGUUAAAAGAAAUGGAAUGUCUGCAGCUCAAAAUUAAAACCAUGAAGCAAAAUCAAAUUGAGGAAGAAAGACACCACGGCUCAGUCAUUGCGAUAUACAGGGAUUACCUACUACGUGCAGUGCAGGGUCAGAUAAAUGAAGAUGCCAUGAGAAUCAUAAAUCAAAUAUUACAGAUGCAUUUGAGGAGAUGAUGUGUGUGUUUGUAUAUAUAUAUAUAAGCAUCAACAAAUACUACAACAAUACAGCAAGGAACUACAAAAAAGGAAGUGCUGAAUUUUAAAUAACGUAAACAAUCACUGAUUUCAUUUUCACUCAAUGCUCUUAUGCUUGGAAUAUUUUGUCAUGGGAUACUAUCAUCAAUCAUGUGGUUAAAUACAGUUUUUGGGUU